AUGUGCAGUUCAGUUUUGCUUGUUGUUAUGGUGUUAUUGAGUUCAUGGGUUUUUUGUGGGGAAGCCUCUGUUUCGUAUGACAAUAAGGCCAUUAAUGUAAAUGGGCAAAGGAGGAUUCUUAUAUCUGGAUCCGUUCACUACCCAAGAAGCACUCCUGAGAUGUGGCCAGAUCUUAUUCAGAAGGCAAAAGAAGGAGGGUUGGACGUGAUUCAGACCUAUGUUUUCUGGAAUGGGCAUGAACCUGAACCUGGAAAAUAUUAUUUUGAAGAGAGGUAUGAUUUAGUGAAGUUUAUUAAGUCGGUACAGAAAGCGGGGCUCUAUGUUCAUCUCAGAAUUGGUCCCUAUGCUUGUGCUGAAUGGAACUUUGGGGGUUUUCCAGUUUGGUUGAAGUACGUUCCUGGGAUUAGUUUCAGAACAGAUAAUGAACCUUUUAAGGCUGCAAUGCAAAAAUUCACAACCAAAAUUGUGAAUAUGAUGAAAGCGGAAAAGUUGUAUGAAUCUCAGGGUGGUCCAAUUAUUUUGUCUCAGAUUGAGAACGAGUAUGGACCUGUGGAAUACGAACUAGGUUCACCCAGUAGAGCUUACACAGAAUGGGCGGCCAAAAUGGCUGUCGAUCUUGGCACUGGUGUCCCAUGGGUCAUGUGCAAGCAAGAUGAUGCCCCAGAUCCCAUUAUCAAUACCUGCAAUGGUUUCUAUUGUGACGACUUCUCUCCCAAUAAGGCUUAUAAACCAAAGAUGUGGACUGAAGCCUGGACUGGCUGGUUUACUGAAUUUGGAGGUCCAGUUCCUUACCGUCCAGCUGAAGAUAUGGCAUUUUCUGUUGCAAAAUUCAUACAGAAGGGGGGUUCUUUCAUUAACUAUUACAUGUUUCAUGGAGGAACAAACUUUGGCAGGACUGCUGGUGGUCCAUUUAUUGCAACUAGUUAUGACUACGACGCACCUCUUGAUGAGUAUGGAUUGUUAAGGCAACCCAAAUGGGGUCAUCUGAAAGAUCUUCAUAGAGCAAUAAAGCUGUGUGAGCCGGCUUUAUUAUCUGCUUGUGCUGUUGUUACACCACUUGGAAACUAUCAAGAGGCUCAUGUUUUCAAAUCAAAGUCCAGUUGUGCUGCUUUUCUUGCAAACUACAAAGAGCAUUCAUUUGCAAAGGUGUCCUUUGGGAAUAUGCAUUACAAUUUGCCUCCAUGGUCCAUCAGCAUCCUUCCUGAUUGCAAAAACACAGUUUUUAACACAGCAAGGGUUGGAGCACAAAGUGCACAAAUGAAGAUGACCCCCGUUGGUUCGGAAUUUUCUUGGCAGUCGUACAAUGAAGAGACAGCACCAUCAUAUGAAGACAAUUCAUUUACUACGAUUGGACUAUUAGAGCAGAUUAAUACUACCAGAGAUCAGACGGAUUAUUUGUGGUAUACGACAGAUGUGAAGAUCGACGAUAGUGAAGAAUUCUUAAGAGGUGGGGAGUUGCCUGUUCUUACAGUUUUAUCUGCAGGCCAUGCUCUGCAUGUUUUCAUUGAUGGUCAAUUAUCAGGAACUUGUUAUGGAAGUCUAGAAAAUCCCAAAUUAACUUUUAGUCAAGGUGUAAAUCUGAGAGUCGGAGUCAACAAAAUUUCUCUGCUGAGUAUUGCUGUUGGUCUCCCGAAUGUUGGUCCUCAUUUCGAAACUUGGAAUGCUGGUGUUCUUGGCCCAGUUUCACUCGGUGGGCUUAAUGAGGGGAAACGUGAUUUGACGUGGCAAAAAUGGUCUUACAAGGUUGGUCUAAAAGGAGAAGCUCUGAGUCUUCAUUCCCUCAGUAGAAGCUCUUCUGUUGAAUGGGUUGAAGGUUCCUAUGUUGCUAAAAAGCAGCCCUUAACAUGGUACAAGUCGACUUUCAAUGCUCCAGAUGGGGAUGAGCCUUUGGCUUUAGACAUGAAUACCAUGAGUAAAGGCCAGGUGUGGAUAAAUGGCCAAAGUAUUGGACGUUAUUGGAAUCAGUACAAAGCAUCUGGCAGCUGUGAUGCCUGUAAUUAUUCCGGUUGGUUCAAUGAAAAAAAAUGCCUAAGCAAUUGUGGGGAGGCUUCUCAGAGAUGGUAUCACAUUCCUCGGUCCUGGCUCUAUUCAACAGGAAAUUUGUUGGUCGUGUUUGAAGAAUGGGGAGGAAAUCCUUAUGGGAUCUCUUUGGUAAAAAGAGAAUUAGCAAGCGUAUGUGCAGAUAUAUUUGAAUGGCAGCCAAUGUUAGUGAAUUGGCAGAUGCAAGCAUCGGGAAAAGUCAACAAACCAUUGAGGCCGAAAGUUCACCUCUCAUGUGAUCCCGGUCAGAAGAUCUCUUCUAUCAAAUUUGCUAGCUUUGGAACACCCGAGGGGGUCUGUGGAAACUUCCAAGAGGGAAGUUGUCAUGCAUUUCAUUCCUAUGAUGUUUUUGAGCGGUAUUGUGUUGGCCAACAAUCUUGCGCCGUACCUGUAACACCCGAGAUCUUUGGAGGAGAUCCAUGUCCAAACAUUAUGAAGAAAGUUUCCGUUGAGGCCAUUUGCAGUUAA